AUGACAAGGUCGGCUUUUGCCACUCUCCCUGAACGCCUCUCACAAGCCGCCGAAUGGGCGCAGAAGUGCGAAAGGGUCGAGGAGGACUUGACGAGAUGGCAGCUGCUGUACCGUCGGGCGCGCUACUACAUCCCUGUCCUCCAGUGGCUUCCGCAUUACUCGCUCAAGAGCUUCAUGCGGGAUGUCAUUGCCGCCCUCACGCUCACCUCGCUCAUCGCGCCACAAAGCAUGUCCUACGCAACAAACUUGGUCCACACCGAUCCCGUCCACGGUCUCUUUGGCGCACCUGUACCCGCCAUGAUCUACUUGGCGAUGGGAACAUGCCGCCAACUGUCGGUUGGACCGGAAGCAGCGUUGUCGCUCAUCACAGGCGAGACGAUCGCCAAGUUCAUCGAGGAGGAGGAGCAUGCGCACGGCAGGAUGAGCGAUGCGCAUCGAGUCAAGUUCAUCGCUAAGAUCAUCACGGUCAUUGCAUUUGAGAGCGGUCUCCUGACCUUCCUACUUGGAUACUUCCGACUUGGCUUUCUCGAUGCAGUUCUCUCGAGGGUCCUCCUCCGCGGCUUCAUGGCCGCCGUCGCGGUGACGAUCUUCGUCUCCACUCCUUUCCACAUCAGUAGGUACCCCAUCCAACACGUCAUGCGCUGUGGCAGUCAGUCCCUGCCGGUCUACAUGGGCUUAGCCGCGAUAUGA